AUGUCGACUACGACUACGACCACUGCUCUUGCGUCGACUACACUGGUCGGAAUGCUCCCCACCAUUACCGCGACGCCCUUAGUUUCGGGAAAGAACUGUCCAACCUGUGGCCAGGAGAGUCUUCCGUCGCAGUACCAGGCAGAUGCUCGGAAAAGGGUCAAUGAGUUGGAAAACCAGGUGGAGUGCCUGAACGUGCAGGCAGCACAUAUGGCUGAAAAACUGGUCGAGUACGAAGAGCAAAUGCGCCGUCUCCGCGCCCAGGCCGCUAUACACAAGUCCCGGAAUGGUUCCUCCGUCUCGUCGUCCGCUUCCUCUGCCCAGUCGAAUCACGCCGACCCCUCAUUGUCGCCUCCUCAACCCCCGCAGUCCCAGCAACAGGGCCGCCUUUCCACCCUGACCUCUCUUCUCCAUUAUGGCCGACCGAGUACCUCAUCGCCGCCGCAAGCACCCGCGCAACCCGUCGUGCAGACGCCGCCUCCGCCACCUCCGCCCCAGCCUGAUGAGAGGGUCGAGUGGCAGAAUGCACUCAGCCGGGAGCAGAACUUGCGUCGAGAAGCGGAAACGCAGCUCUCACAGGCCAGCACCGAGCUGGAGGAAUUGACCGCGCAACUAUUCAGUCAGGCUAAUGAGAUGGUUGCGCAGGAGCGGAGGGCAAGGGCGAAACUAGAGGAGCGAGUCGUGGUGUUGGAACGACGAGAUGUUGAGAAAAGACAGCGUCUCGAAAGACUGGAGAAGGCCGUGGAGAGAGUGGAACGGAUCCGAGCCCUGGUUAGGGGUUCUGAUCUAUGA